UAAGAACUCUAUCUGGAAAGUAAUAUUGAAAAGAAACUCUGAGCUUGAGCUUCGAAGUUUAAUAAGUUGAAAUUAACAAGUUCUUUUACAGACUGUGAGAUACUAGCUAUGUCUCUCAAGGACACGAUAGAGCAGUGGAGUGCCGGUAUUGCGUAUGCUGAGGCUGGUCAAUAUGAUGAGGCUGUGGAUAAAUGGACUGAAAUGGCAGAACCUGGAGCCAAGAUUCACUUCAAUGUAGCUUCCAUGUUUCUAAAGCUGGGUGAUUUGGAAAAUGCUGAGAGGAAUCUGGAGCUCUCAGUCAAGAAGGAUCCGCAUUUGGCUCUGUCAUAUUUCCAGAAGGGCUGCAUUCAUUUGCAGAAAUCUAGACACUCUGAAGCCAUGCUUGACUUUGAGUCCACGAUGAAGAACCUCCGUGGUAAUCUGCUCAUUGACUACAAACAGUUGGGGCUCCAAUACAAACUGUAUUCUUGUGAGGUACAGUACAACCGAGCAUAUACACUGUCCAAAAUGGGGCGGGCAGCUGAGGCUAAGAAAGAGCUCGAGGAGGCCAAAGAAUCGGCUGCAAACUUCUCUGAGAGCAGGCACAAAAUCAUCUUGUCAGCUCUCGAGAACAUCAGAACCCGUACACCUUUGCUGCCUUACAAGCUGCCGGAGAAGACACUGCUUUUCCAUCCACCAAAGAACAAAACUGAAGGAAUGAAACCAGUCAAUUUCCUAGGAAAAGCGAAGGUUGUAUCAUCAGUAGUGGACCAAGACUCAUAUGUGGGGUUUGUAGGAGUACAAGGUCACAAGUCACCCUCCUCCUCCCCAAAACCUCCCAGCAAGGCCUCCAAAUUACCCAAACCUGAGGUGCCCCCACCUGCCCCCAGUAUGAAGAUACGACCACGUGUUUCAAGUCUCAGCAACCAAAAUACCUCCUUCAAGAACUCGUCAGGUAUACGCCCCCCUAAGCCCGAUCUCCCUCCGCCCCCAUUUCAUCCUGACGGGAAUGUAUUGAAAGAAAAUGGUCCUCCUAGGACCAGCCCGUUGAAACACACCAAGCCUGAACUGAAUGCUCACCGUCCACAGAGCCGAUCACCUUCACCCAAAUUUCCCCAGCAACCAUCAACGAUGACUGUCAAAGUGCACUACUCGACGACUAGGGCCCUUCGUUUGAGCAGCACCAGCUCUUAUAACCAGCUGGAAGAAGCCAUUUGCAAUAAGUUCAGUGUUCCUCAGGGCUCUCUGACUCUUUGGAGUAUCAAGAAGAAUGGAGACCGCAAAGAAGUGGCAAACGAAGCAGUCUACAAGCAGGUUGUCAAGAAUCUGGAUGAUGGCUUCAGACUGACACUAUGGGCUUAUGACAAGCAUGAGUCAUCGCCUGAGAAUGAUGCUGAGGAGGUGAUUAGAGAGAUGGUGGCUAUUUACGAUUACACGGGACAAUUUGAGGAUGAACUGUCUUUCACAGCCGGGGACAAGAUUCAAGUCACCACAGAGAUCAACAAUGAGUGGUGUGAAGGAUCCUGCAAUGGAGCCUCUGGGAUAUUCCCUCUGUCCUUUGUAAAGGCUGCAUAAACUAAUUAGAAUGUUUUUGAACAGAUCAGGAAUCAUUCUUUUGCUGAUUUUUGCUUUAUUUUUUAUUUUCAUGACAAAUGAAUAAGAUGGG